AUGCUGGUGGCUAUUUCCUCCCCAUUGUUUGCCUCCCUAUUCACACCGAGCCCUUACGGGCUGGUGGAUGUCACUCUCUCGCUCUUUCAGCUACUUGCGUUUUUGGUAGCUACUAUCAUGUUCUGCCUUCGAAAGAUCUGGCAGAUACGAUCUCAACUCUGUGACCGGAUCGUUUUCCCUUGUUACAUGUUCCAGUACUUCUUAGAAAGGGUAUCCUGGAAGAAGGUGCAUGGGGGAAAGGUCCGGGAUGUCACUCCCAAGUCAUCGUCGAGUCUCAAGACCUGGCCGCUUCUCUUCUGUGUUCUCGAGUCCGCCAAGAACCCGACAUGGAUUAUCUUGAUUGUCCAGUCUUUCUCGGACAGGGUUGAUUAUUGGGUUUCAGGAGCAAUCAUACAGCAGUUUGGAGGAUCAACGAGAUCGCGCCCCACUGCCGGGUCCGGGGCCGUUUCCAGCGGCGUUCGAAAAAACAAGUCCGGUACCGGUGGGCGCACGAACAAAGGCAGCGGGGGACGGAAACCAUCAGACCGCAGUGGAAAAGGAGGCGGAGGCGGCGGCGGGAAACACCCACGCAAAUGGGGAAGGUCUAGGUUCAACCUUCCGCCUGACGGCCCCAGCAGAAGAAGUUGGGCAUGCCCUUUUCACAAAUACGAUCGAGAGAGAUACCACUCCUGCGCCACUGUCACGCUCAGCAGGAUUCCGGACGUUUGGCAACAUAUACGACGAACUCACGUGCUAUCGCUGAACGCCUACUGUCUUCUAUGUUUUGCUGAUUUCGAAUCAAGCUCUCAGCUGGCAGAACAUCGAUCCCGCGGGGAUUGUGUUCAAAUCCUCGGGCCUGAGCAUCUCCGCCAACAGGAUGUCGCGUACUUGGACCCUUUUCUCCGAGCACCGUCUGGUUUGACAAAUGAUGAAGCUAAAUGGUUCCGCAUUUGGGAUAAUGUUUUCCCUGGCUGGGUAAGACCGGAAUCUCCUUACGCAGAAGACGCAAGGGAGCUGGCUUAUCAUGUAAAUAAUGCGAUGAGCAUGCCCCAGCCUCAGAUACGCUUCGCGCGUAUUGAGCAAGACUACAGUUUUCUGGGAUACCUACCCAAUGACGCCAGUUUGAAUAUGGUCCAGCCGCAAAUGGGUCAGGAAGCAUACCCUCAGGUAGCGACUCCGUUUGGGGCAAGCCAGCCCGGCAUCCCUCACCUGGAGCCUCAUGACCCAGGUGUGCAUGGUCAAGAGGCGGGAUUCCUAUAUCUACAAAAUCACAAUGACUCAGACUUUGAUGGCUUUGAUGAGGAGGAAGGCUAA